AUGGCGUACUACGACGAGCGUCGUGAGUAUGCGCCGCGCGAUCGUGGCUAUACCACAGAGUACUACGAAGAAAACCCACGAGGAGGUUACGCACGAUACGAGCGCGAAGUCCACCCGUACCGAGGAAGCCAAGACUCGAUCGAAGAAGUUCGGCGUGAUUAUCCCCCGGGCUCUGAGUACGCCUAUGAGCGAGGCUAUGAGCCUCGUCGCUCAGCCGGUCGCCCGGAAUACGAGCACAUGCGUCGCGCAUCGUCCGCGGGAGGCUAUGACCCUUAUCCUGCAAAUGGCUAUUACCACCGGACUCGGCGAACCAGACAUUAUGACGAUCAUCGCUCCCGCCGCUCCAGAUAUUCAUCAGUCUCUUCUUCCAGCCCCUCUCCACCGCCUCGUCGGCGUCGCAAGUCAUUGGGCGAAACUGCCCUCGGCGCCCUAGGACUGGAAUCCGUGGUUUCCAAAAGCUCAGAUCGUACGGAUCGUCGUCGCGGCCGUUCAUCUUCACGCUACCGCGGCCGGGGCCGUGACUACUCUUCAUCUCGCAGUCGCAGUCGCAGUCACAGCCGCAGUCGUCGCCGUGAUCACAGAGACCGUGCGAAGAGCCAGGAGAAACUUGUUCAGGCUGCGCGCGCUGCUCUGACAGCCGGGGCUGUGGAGGCCUUCAAAUCUCGCAAUGACCCUGGCAAAUGGGCCGGUGCAAAGGGAAAGCGUGUCCUCACAGCUGCCGUCACCGCGGCCGGUACCGAUGGCCUCCUGGACAAAGACCCGAACAAGCAUUCCGGCCGUCAUGUCAUCGAGUCCACUCUGGCAGGUCUCGCCGCCAGUCACUUUGUCGGUGGCCCCAAAGGUCGUGAUGGCCGGGGGCGCAGCCGCUCAGGCAGCGGUCUCAAAGACCUUGCUGCGACGGGCGCCAUUGCUGCUGCUGGCAAAGAAAUCUUCGAUCGCGUCUCGCGUUCACGCUCACGUCGCGGUGAUCGCGACGAUCGUGGCCGAGACCGGGGCCGGGAUAGUGAUGAUGACCACCAUGGCUCUAAGAAACGCAGCAAGAGUGUGUCUGAUUACAUCAAUAAGGGCAUGGCCGCCCUGGGGCUCGGAGAGGAAGCUUCUUCAAACCGUGGUCGUCAUGACCGCAGCCGUGAGCGAGAUGAAGGGUACGACCGACGACGGGAGCGACGUCGUCAUCGGGACAGAGAUUCGCGGUAUGACUCUUAUUCAGACUCCGAGGCAGAGAGCGACUACCGCAGCAGGGAUCAUCGGCGAGGCAGAGGCUCGAGAGAUGUAGGUCGUUAUCGCUCUGCAAAUGGCAGCAGAGCACCCCCUCCAGUGCCCGCCAGCGCUUCUCGUCGGGGGAGAGGCGCGGGAUCUACUACCAGGCAUUCUAGCUCCAGUUCCGAGAGUGAUUCUGACUUGGGUGACAGUGACAAUGAUAAAAAAACCAAGAAGAAGAUGAAGCGAGACCUGUUGUUGACGUCUGGGUUAGCCACAGUGGCCACCAUCCACGCCGCUCAUGGCGCUUAUCAAUCGGUUGAAAAGCGAAAGAAACGAAUGGAACAGGUGAAGAAGGGCGAGAUUAGCCCCGAGGAGGCCCGUCGACGCCGGUUGAAAGCUAAUACGGUGGACGCUGUCAGUAUUGGCCUGGCAGCCCUUGGAAUCAAAGGAGCCUAUGGCGAGUGGAAGGAGGCCAAUGAGAAACGCAAGGAAACCGAACACUUCCGAGAUGAGUGUGCACAACGCAAGGCCAAGCGUGAGAUGCGUCGUAGCCGGAGUCAAGGCUAUGGCACACACCGUCAGCGCCGCUGGCCGGACGAAAUUGAGUAUCCAACCGACGGUUACUCUGCUCGCGGCAGUGGGUUGUCUUAUCAUGACGGGAAUCCUUACGGCGCAACGUCGGUGGCCCCCGCAAUUGCCAACUAG